CUCCUCUGCUUGCACCUGCUUACACUCGGAACAGCGCGGUACGUUGGCCAACAAGCCCCAUCUGACACGAGGCGAAGGAGAACGAGCACCAAAGAUCCUGAUGGCCCAAUGCCAAAAAGAAUAAGAAAAAAUCCGUCUGCCUCCACCAGCACCAGCACCAGUCUCACCAGUCUCACCAGUCCCAGGCUGCCAAUGAUACAUUAAUGGAGUCCGGGAAACGGUUGUUGCCAGCACUAGCUUGCGUAACUAUUACUUAACACUUUACUUCAACCUCUGUCGACUCUAUCCUGGAGUAUCCGGGGUUAGCCUUACCUUCCCCUGCCCCGACGACCUCCCCACGUUUGGGGAAUAUCCAGUUCAUUCUGGCAUGUUCGUUCCUCAACUUGCUCGCUGCUCCCACGCUCUCCGUCUUGGAGUAACUAUUGUACAAUGCACCCCAAGCAGCAUAGCGACCGAGGAGGGAGUAAAAACUCCAAUAGCAUAGUGUGAUGGGGUUUUCUAUGUUGUUUGUUGGCACCAUAUUAAGCCCUAUUUUCUACUGAAUCCCCCUAAAUAAGUGUGCAACAAACUUGCUCUUAUUUUUCAUAUUAUAUAUAUAUUACGUGUUCCCCCCUGCCCAUACAUCUGAACCUCUCGAGGAAUAUUGCUGUUGCUGACGUGAAGGGUUAUUUUGCUUUGGCUGUUCCCCUUUAUUCCGCGCUUAAGGUAAAUUAUAUUUUUUGCAUAUAACGCCAUAGCGCUUGAUCACCCACAGCGUUUAUGAGAGAGUGGGUUGUUUUUGGGAUAUAGUUCAAGCAUUUCGUAGGGUACCUGGGGAGCAAAAGAGGUGUGUAUCGACAGAAGGACACGAAAUGCGAAGACAAGCCGCUUUCAAAACCGCGAGCGGCUGUUUCGUUUACCCUAGGCAUCAGACUGCUGUUAGGCCUCCUGCAUUGUUGUACCAUCAAAGGGUUAGAUACUCUCACCAUGGCCCGGCACAGCAGUCUGAGCCCCCACUGCCCGCAGCUGGAGGGCCAUCGGCAGCUCCUGGGUCGACGAGACCAUAUGCUACCCUAAAUUCAUCAAUACCCUUUACAAACGCGCCAACAUCCCCUCCGCUUUCGAUCUUGCCCUUGUCCACGAUUAUGCGAUCCCUCUUAGUCACCACCAUCUCGUCUUCGCCUCUUCUCUUCUCCCCAUCUUUGGCUUUCCUGUCAGUCGUGGCAAACCCCGAGUCUACCUUCCUAAAUCCUGAUCGUAACCCUGUAUUGAAGCUGAUCAUGGAGCAGACGCUGUACGCUCAGUUCUGUGCAGGAGAGACACCGGCCCAGGUCAAGGUGAACAUCCAAAAAUUAAAGGAGCUCGGAUACUCAGGCGUCAUAUUGGGGUAUGCACGGGAAAUUGUGAUGAAUGAGAGUGAGAUCCGUGCGCUUGGUACAGCUAGCGAUGCAGCUGGAGGAGCAGAGAGCAAGGCUCAAGCCAUCGCCGAUAUAACAGCUUGGAAAGACGGGACCCUUGCCACUGUCGAUUUAGCAGACGAUGGAGAUUUCGUGGCCCUAAAAUUCACGGGAGCCGGGAAAGGAUCAGUCCAGCAACUGCUCCGCAGAUCAGCACCAUCGCCGGCCCUCAAGGAAGCGAUAAUUGAGAUCUGUGAGCGGGCUAAAGCCCGCAAUGUCAGAUUGUUGAUUGAUGCUGAGCAACAAGCUGUCCAACCUGCCAUUGACGACUGGACUAUCGAAUUCCAGCGAAUGUACAACAAGGGGCCGGACCAGCGAGCUGUGGUGUAUGGGACAUAUCAGGCAUAUCUCCGUUCUACCCCGGCAACUCUCUCACGGCAUAUCGCCAUCGCAGAGGCGGAGGGAUUCGUUCUGGGCGUCAAGCUCGUCCGGGGCGCAUAUCUAGGCACCGAGCCGCGCCAUUUAAUCUGGGAUACAAAGGUAGAAACCGAUAAUACAUACGACGGCAUCGCCGAGUCACUGAUUAAACGAGAGUACGGUGACGUCCUCAAGCCGCAUUCCCCUUCACCCCCACCCCCAUCCCCAUCCCCAUCCCCAUCCCCAUCCCCAUCCCCAUCCCCAUCCCCAUCCCCAUCCCCAUCCCCAUCCCCAUCCACAUCCACAGGCAGGACCACAUCCACUGGCCACCCUCCAUUCUCCAAAGUCAAUCUCGUCCUCGCCUCACACAACCGCGUCUCCGUCGAACGGGCUAGGAAGCUUCGAAAAUCAGCAGCACCGCACAACGGGUUCGCACCAGAUUGA